AUGGACUCGACAAGAACGUGGAAGUAUGGUAAACUACAAAAGGCUGGCUGUCAUAAACAAAACGAGCUUGAUGAUCCCCGUGUCUUAAGCAAAGUCACCAGAUCGGAGCUAACAUAUCAAGAUCUCGAGUCUCGGAGGUACAUUGUCCGUCAUACUGGUAAUGGUCUAGAUGCAACUUGCAUAGAUCCGAUCUCCCAAUUAGGUCUACCAACGGAGAUUGCUCUAUACCACAACUGUACGAUUUCCAGGCCGGCCACCAUGGCCGGAGGUUUCCUAUGGAAAGGGUGCAUUGGACCCGGCUUGAUAAUCCUUGAGGAUAUUGUACGGACUUCCAACCAUCUGCAUAUUUCACAAGUGGCUCAGGCGGUGUAUGCAAAAAGGUUCGAUAUCCAAGGUCUGAAACAUAUCUUUGUUGUCGAUAUCAUUUACCCCGAAACAGUAGCAUUUGUUGGGCCGAACUUGUACGGUGAGGAUGCGGACCCCUGGUUCACUGAGGAGUACCCCGGUGUGCAGUUGUGGGAGCACAAUACAGAUGAGUACCAGGGACUGCUAGGAACGCCGCUUGGUAAGGUGGCUGCAUCUGGUAUUGGGGGCAUUUAG